GGUGGCGCCAGAGGAGGGUAACAUUUGAAGCGACGAGGAAGAGUCUGUUGUUACUGAUGUAGGCGAAUAAACCGUUAGGAGCGUUCAUCAGAGAUGGCAGGUAGGAGGAGGCUGCUGCCCUGCGUGGGUCUGGGGCUGCUCGCUGUCCUCUGCUGGGUGUGGGUCUCCUUCGCCUCUCUCUCUGGAGACCAGCUGCACCUGGACGUAUUGGAUGCGCCAGACCGAGGAGCCUUUCAGCCACAGAGCGCUUUGUCGGACAUGGAGUUUGCCUCUGUCGCCUCAUACAGAGGACCAGGGAACAGUGACCGCCGCAGCAAAAGGGAGCUGCCCAUUCUCCUGUGGUGGAGCGGGGGACUUUUCCCACAUUUCCCCGGUGACACUGAACGCGUCGACUGCGCCACGUCCUCCUGCUUGGUGACGAGCAAUCGCAAGGUCCAGUUGUACAAGAGGACAGCAUCCAUCAUCUUUUACGGGACAGACUUCAGGGCAUACGAGGCGCCACUUCCUCGCCUGCUCCACCAGACCUGGGCACUUUUCCACGAGGAGUCACCAAUGAACAACUACAUCCUCUCUCACGGACCUGGAAUCCGGCUGUUUAAUUACACGGCCACAUUUCGCAGGGAGUCAGACUACCCCCUGACCCUGCAGUGGCUGCCCUCCCUGGAGUACCUGCUGGAGCCUGUGGCUGUGUCUCUGGAGGAGAAGAACCGCCUCAGGAGGGAGGGCUUGGCUCCAGUUCUUUACAUGCAGUCUCACUGUGACGUGCCGUCAGACAGAGACCGAUACGUUCACGAACUCAUGAAGUACAUCGAGGUGGACUCUUAUGGGAAAUGCUUGAACAACAGGCCCCUACCGGAACACCUGGAGGACACGGCCACCGCUACUGGCGAGGAACCCGGAUUCAUGAAUUUCGUCGCACGCUACAAGUUCCACCUGGCGCUGGAGAAUGGCGUGUGUCCAGAUUACAUGACGGAGAAGCUGUGGCGGCCCCUCCAUCAGGGCUGCGUGCCCGUCUACCGAGGCUCCCCGGUGGUGGCUGACUGGAUGCCCAACGACCACUCUGUCGUAAUUAUAGAUAGGUUUCCCUCUCCCAAAGCUCUCGCCGACUUUCUCAAGCGUCUGGAUGAGAACGAUGAUGAAUACGUUAGAUAUUUAGAGUUCAAAGACCCCAGAAGGAUUACUAACACUCGCUUGCUGGAGGGCUUGGACUCCCGUGAGUGGGGAGUUAACGACAUGAGCAAGCCUAACUACUUAAAUGGAUUUGAAUGUUAUGUUUGUGAGCAGGAGAAUGCCCGAUUGGCUGCAGAGAGGGCAUAUAGGAAAGCCCCCCAAAAAACCCAACCUCCUCAGCGUAAAAUGGCCAGCAACUCCCACAUGGGUUGCCCACUGCCCAGCCCAGGGUACGGAGACAUCAAAGACCUGCCUGCAGAUGACGGAUGGUUGCAAAUAUGGCCGCAGGAUUACUGGCAGAGCCUCGACCAGGCCGAGGGGCUGGAGUCCCUGAUAAGACACAACGAGUCGGACCCCUCUCUGCUGUGGAAGCACAUCCAAAACAUAGCUGUGAGCAGAGCCAGAGGGAAACACUGACACAGGCUCGGAAACAAACAGAGCGUGGCGCCCGUCCAGCUCUGCAGGGGGGCCCAUAUUACGAGUCCCCUCUGUUUAAAUGACGGAUUGACUCGUGGUUACACAACUGAGCCAGAAAACCGUUAUAUUUGUGGAUUAUGGCGUCUUACAAAAGUAUCCCAACCCCUGGAGCUUGUUCACAUUUUGUGACAUUACAACCAAAACCUGAGUGUGUAUUGUCAGGAUUUCAUGUGAAGUUUUUUUGAAAUGGAUGGAAAAUGAUGCAUGGUUUACAAAUAGACAGGCAUAUGCAUUCAGUCCCCUGAAACGAAUACUAGAAUCAUCUCAAUCAGCUUCAAGUCAUUUGCACCUCCAGAGACAGAUUUUGCAUGACUUUUGCAACUAGUCGGAGCUCAUAUUGAACAUAUAGCAUCUAUGGUCAGUGAUUGUAUGAUUCACUGAUGUAUACAGUUGGAAUAUCGCAAAAAUAUGAAUGGAAAAAUGUAAAGGGUUAGAAAUACUUUUUCAAGGUGGGUUUUUGUGUACACCAUAACAGGUUUUAAUUUUCUAUUCAAUGUGACACUUGGGCAAAGGGAUGCUUUAGAAGGACAUUACCAUAUUUUCUCUGCUUUGAGGAAUAAGCAGGAAAUGCUCUCUGUGCAGCUGGUGCAGAGAGGCAAAUGCUUCUGGAAAGCUCCCAUUUUUCCCUGGACUGGAGCUGAGCCAAGGGGACCUGUCCUGUUCACCGAAGGAGAUCUGCCUAACUGUGUGUGAAGACCAUCAAGGCAGCAGCCAGUGGACUGCUUGUGCUUCUUUAAAGUUAAUCUGCAUGUGGCCAAUGGCUAUUAGCCAGUCACAUUUAUGCAAACAGCUACUAGAAGUGACAGUGCGAGGAAGAGGCGAGUUUGAGAAAUGCAACAUUACAAGCGGAAACCUCUGCACUAGCAGUUGUUCUCAAAAGCAAAUCUACUCUGAAUUUUUAUGAUAAAUACUUUAUAUUAUUACCCAGACCUUGUUGUUGCAACACACUAAACUCCUCUUUGUGCAAUAAUCCUCAUUCUGGAGUGUGUUUUCAAGGACAGUACUUUUGUAAGAUGUUUAUACCAGGAUUUUGUAAGUCAUUUUAUUUUGUUAGCAAUGCAUCGUACAUUUCAACACACUAUUUUGUAUCGAGAUGAGUAAAAUAAGCAAAAAGAUUUUUAAAAAUAGCGAGCCUUCUAUAUCAAAUUACAUUGUCCAAGCCCACCUGAUAUUGUGAAUCUUUACAUAAAAAACAUAUAAAACACAUCCUUCAUUGUAACUGACACACAAACAUAUUUCAUCCCCCCAAAAAAUAGACUGUUCAACAUGACUUUAUCGUACUGACAAUUCCAGUUUCUUUUUUUUUUUAUCACUUUAAAAUGUGUUACAGCAAAGUAAGAAAGAAAUCGGUGCAAACUUCAGAGCAGUUCUCACUUAUUAUGCAAAUGAACAUGAAUGAGGGGGGACAAGGAUAAGGAGGUGAUGAAAAGCUCCGAGGAUUAAAUAACGGUGGCGUAACA